CGGUCUGGCGGCAGUGCGCCGGCGCGGUGGCAGACGUGGCCGGGCCCAGACUGGGGAGUGCGGGCCGCGGCCUAAUCCCUCCAGACCGGCGCUCGCUCUUUCUCUCUCGCUGGCUCCCGAGCUCCGAGCGUCCUGACGUCCUCCCGCCCACCUUUUAGAAGGUCAGAGUGCUGCAGCUCGCUGGCCUGACUGGUGACGAGUGGCAGGCGGGACGCCGGAGUGGGCGUCACGGAGCCUGGGGCGGCGGCACCUGACGCGGCGCUUUGUGAGCUGGGCGGAGGGGGCGCGGGCCGAGCCCCGGAAGGCGCUGGCGGCCGAAAUGGAGCAAGAACCACAAAAUGGAGAACCUGCUGAAAUUAAGAUCAUCAAGGAAGCAUACAAGAAGGCCUUUUUAUUUGUUAAUAAAGGACUGAAUACUGAUGAAUUAGGUCAGAAGGAAGAAGCAAAGAAUUACUACAAGCAAGGCAUAGGGCACCUGCUCAGGGGCAUCAGCAUCGCAUCAGCAGAGCCUGAGCACACCGGCCCUGGGUGGGAAUCUGCUAGACAGAUGCAGCAGAAAAUGAAAGAAACGCUUCAGAAUGUUCGCACCCGGUUAGAAAUCCUAGAGAAGGGUCUGGCCACUUCUUUGCGGAAUGAUCUUCAGGAGGUGCCCAAGUUAUAUCCAGAAUUUCCACCUAAAGACACAUGCAAAGAGUCAGCAGAGCCUGAGUCGGUCAGUUCACCUCCUCAGCAUGCUGAAGUGAAUGGGGACACUUCAGCUCCGAGUGCAGGGCCAGCCACUGCUUCUCUCUCCUUACCAUCACCAAGCUGCCCAGCUGAAGCACCGCCUGCUUACACGCCACAGGCCGCAGAGGGUCACUACACUGUAUCCUAUGGAACAGAUUCUGGCGAGUUUUCAUCAGUUGGAGAAGACUUCUAUAGGAAUCAUUCCCAGCCACCCCCCCUUGAAACCUUAGGGCUAGAUGCAGAUGAGCUGAUUUUGAUACCAAAUGGAGUACAGAUCUUUUUUGUAAAUCCUGCAGGAGAGGUCAGUGCCCCUUCAUACCCUGGGUACCUGCGAAUCGUGAGGUUCUUAGAUAAUUCUCUCGAUACGGUUCUGAACCGCCCUCCUGGAUUUCUUCAGGUAUGUGACUGGUUGUAUCCCCUGGUUCCUGAUAGAUCUCCAGUUCUGAAGUGUACUGUGGGAGCCUACAUGUUCCCUGACACAAUGUUACAAGCAGCAGGAUGCUUUGUAGGGGUGGUUUUGUCCUCUGAGCUACCAGAAGAUGAUCGAGAACUCUUUGAGGAUCUGUUAAGACAAAUGUCUGACCUUCGGCUCCAGGCCAGUUGGAAUAGGGCAGAAGGAGAAGAUGAAUUCCAAAUCCCUGGAAGAACAAGACCCCCCUCUGACCCACUGAAGGUAGCUUCUGGCACCGAUGUCAGGCAGGCAGGUUCUUCAUCAGACCAAGGCAACAAGGAUGCUCGUCAUAAAGGAAAACGUGGGAAAAAGACUAAAGAUGCUUCUAGUGAAGAAGUUAAUCUGAGUCACAUUGUACCCUGUGAGCCAAUUUCAGAAGAAAAAGCAAAAGAAUUACCUGAAUGGAGUGAAAAAGUUGCUCACAACAUUUUGUCAGGUGCUUCCUGGGUGAGUUGGGGUUUGGUCAAGGGUGCUGAAUUUACUGGCAAAGCAAUCCAGAAAGGUGCUUCUAAACUUCGAGAACGAAUUCAACCAGAGGAAAAACCAGUGGAAGUUAGUCCAGCUGUCACCAGGGGACUUUAUAUAGCAAAGCAGGCUACAGGAGGAGCAGCGAAAGUCAGUCAGUUCCUGGUUGAUGGAGUCUGCACUGUAGCAAAUUGUGUUGGAAAAGAACUGGCUCCCCAUGUCAAGAAGCAUGGAAGCAAACUUGUUCCAGAAUCUCUUAAAAGAGACAAAGAUGGAAAAUCUACGCUUGAUGGUGCCAUGGUGGUUGCAGCAAGUAGUGUUCAAGGAUUUUCAACUGUCUGGCAAGGAUUGGAAUGUGCAGCUAAAUGCAUUGUUAGGAAUGUUUCAGCAGAAACUGUGCAGACCGUUAGAUACAAAUACGGGCACAGUGCAGGUGAAGCCACACACGAUGCAAUGGAUUCCGCCAUCAACGUCGGUGUCACCGCCUAUAAUAUUGACCACCUUGGCAUCAAAGCAAUGGUGAAGAAAACAGCAAAGCAGACAGGACACACACUUCUGGAGGACUAUCAGGUCAUUGAUAGUUCUCAUAAGGAAAGUCAAGAAGGAGUGUCAGGCACAAACAUGAGCAAAGAGAAGGAUAAGCAGACAGAGGAAGAAGAGAAGAAAGGGGCAAAGAAGAAAGACAAGUAGUGGAAGUGCUGGGAUCACUAUAUCAGAGCCUUACCGGAAGUGCUGGGAUCACUACGGCAGAACCUUACCAGAUGGAGGAAAUGCUCAGUGGACGGAUGUGGACUUCUCCACAGAGUGAUCAGUAUUUUCAGUAUAUUUAUUCCUACAAAGUGACUGUCAUAAAUUUUGGGAUAUGUAUUCCACUUACAAGGAAAAUAAUCAGUAUUCUUACAUCUGGCCUCUAGAAUAUGCAGUUAUAUCUCAGCAACUUUAUUUUUUCCAUAAAUGAGGGGAAAAUAUUUUGCAGUUAAAAUAACACUUAUAAUAUAUGUGCUUUAAACCUAAUGUUAAACUAUUUUUAUAUGUGUUAGCUUUCAGAAAACAAAGUAGGAAAUUAUAUAUAUAU